UGGGAGCGACACAAUGGAGGAAGGAAAAGAAAUGUCAGUGUGUGCGAGUCAUGUGCCUGAAGAAAAACUGUACUGCGUGAGCAAUGUUUCAGACUUUCCUCUUCUGAGUGAUGAGAAGUUUGAUUUUGACCUUUCACUCUCUUCAACAAGUGGAAAUGAAGAUGAGGUUUUUGUUGGAGCUGUGGGACACAAAGAAAGAUGUAUUGCUGCUAGUAUGGAAGCAAAAAAGAGUGUGUCUGCUUUUGAUGAUAAACUCAUGUGGAGCCCACUUCAAGAAGAGAAAUUUGUGGAAAUUUUCAAAGAAGCUCAUUUGUUGGCACAGCAGAUAAAGACUGGAAGUACGAAUGAAGAGACUAAAACAAGCCAAUCAGGAGAACAGGAAAAUAAGAUUAUAGAAACAUUUGUGGAGGACUCGGAGUCAAAGUUGAAAAUACUGAGAAACAAAAUGAUAGAAAAAAGUCCCAGGGCUGUUAAACGGGAGACAUACAAUGUGCAGGAUAGCCCAGCAUAUCUGCUACCACCUUGUUUUCAGAAGGCAUCGGAUAAACUUUUGUCAGAUGGCAAAAUACAUGCUCUUCCUACUCCUCCAAACAGAAACCCUGUAAAAAUUUGUGUGUCUCCUACAAAAAUCGCCAGUUUGUCUCUGACACAAGAAGAGAAAUCUAAGGAAACAAAUACAAAGGCAACUGGCAAACUGGCAAUGGCAAAACCUUCAUGUACACUUGGAAGAAGCAAUUUGUUGACUAUUGAAAAGCUCAAAUCAGGAAAAAAUACUAGUAUUUCUACAAAAAGAGACUUGAACAGCAAGGGAUCAUCUGAAGAUCUAAUUUCUGAUAAAUCUAGUAUUGCGUCAGAUGUCUUCGAGUCCUCAUUCAGCGGCAGUUCUUCAGUGCAAGACACAAAAGCCCUUCCUGCACCAAGUAAGCCUGGCUUAAGGAAGAUGACAUAUCUGAAACUUCCUGGUGUUGCCAGUGGUCUCACAAGAAGGACUACAUCAUCAUCUUUGUCAUCACUUUCCAGUGUGAACUCAAGUCUGAAUUCAAGCUUACCCAUUUCUCCCAUAGUAAAAAAAGGAAAAUCAAGCAUUUCAUCCAAAGUUAGUGUGAGUGGCUCUAGUACAAGCAGGCUGGCCCUUGUCAGACCUACCAGACUGUCAUCUCUGCAGGCUGCCAAUACUGAGAAAUCUAGGAAGCAAGUAAGAUCAGCUAGUACUCCCAAAAUAUCUGGUGCUGUAACCUUGGCUAAAUCUUCAUCUUCUGCAACAUCAUCUGAGGCUGCAGGCAGUGGAAUUCAGAGACCGAGCUCUGUUCCCAGUCUGCAGCAGCUAUGUCAGCAGAAUAAAGAUGGAAGUGCAACAAAAGGAAGCCUGUGUCCAAAGCCCAAGGCUAGGGUUUUGUCUGUUUCCACAAGUCAGACUAAGGUUCCUGUGAAGACUCAAGAUGCGACACCAAACAAAUUGGCACCAAAAGCAACAUCAUCUCUUGGAUUAACAUUUUGUGGUACACCUGGAAGUGCCAUGGCAGCCAGCACUCCUAUGAAAGCCUCAGAAGAUAAGGUCUUUCAGAAUUUUUGUUUUCCUGAGAGGCCUGCCUCCAUGACUCCUGCCAUGAAACCAUCUGGCUUACCUACACCUGUCCGUCGCAUCUCAGGAUUCCCAGCAGUGACCCCUAAGACUGUACCAAGAAUGGCAUUUUCUCCACAUGCUGCAUCUCUUCACCGAAGUUCCAGCUUUUCUACCAAAAAGGCUCUUGCAGCUGGUUCUAGACAGAAACAAGAGAGUAAGACACAGAUAUCUUCUUCAGAAGGUGAUGUAUCUCCUCCACCUGUGCUACCUCUUGCUCUUACCUUCUCACCAGAAAAAACUGCUGCAGAAGUAGCAGAAAACGAACUAAAAGAGGCUGAAGUACAAAAUCAGCUGACUGAGGAGAAACAACCUGAGGCCUUACUAGUAGACAUUGGAGUAGACAAGUGUCUCUCAGACACUUUUGAAUGUGAAACUAGACCUCUGAUUGACCUUUCCAACACUCCUGAAGUGAAUAAGAUUACUUCUCCAAAGCCUGUGUUCUCUGGGCAGAUAAAGUUAAUUGAUUUGAGUUCGCCUCUUAUCACUCUGAGUCCUGAUGUAAACAAAGAAAAUUUGGAUUCCCCUCUACUCAAGUUCUGAGCUUGAACUGAAAUGAAGACUUCUUGGCAACUGUGAUCUUUACUUAGGUGUUACUCUUCAUUCAUACAGGUUUUUUUUGAAGAUGACUAUGGAUUAUCUGAUAAACUGCAUUAACACAGUAGAAUGCUAAUAGUCAUGAUAUAGUCAGUCUGAUAAUGAUUUUGUUCAUGGAUAUGCUGCAAUGGAUGUAUUUAAACUAUGUUGGUCUAAGGCAAAAUAUUGGAAACCUGUCUCUUUAUUUCCUACUAAUUGUCCUUUGAUUCCUUAUCCCCUAU